GUCGUCUAUUUCGGAGAUGAUCAAACACGAGGGUAUUUCAAUGUCUCCUUCUUCGACAACACACGCGAAAAUCGCUCCACGAUGUUGUCAUUCGAGGACGCUGUCCGUGACAUCAGGCAAUGGUGGAUAGACAACAAUAGAAUCGAGGCCCCGAAAGCCAAGGUCAGCGAGAAGGAUGAGGUGGCCGUUGCACAUCAAAAGACGUGGCAUAACUUCUUGAGGGCCUGUAUGGGGAAGGCAUGCGACAAGGCGUUUGUAAAGCAAGCUCUCGAGAAUGAGUACAGUAAGGAUUGGAGUAAUAAACUCCGGGGCUACAUGAACCUCGCCACAUCCAGUGUCGCAGUGUGGCCGCUGAUCGAGAGGUUCUUCGAGAUGUUCAACGAAGGAAAGCUGCCAGUUGGCGAUGGCAAAAUCCCGCUUGACAUGCCCGGGAGAAUCGAAGGCCGCCUGCCAGGCCCGUACACCGACGAGACCAAGGGACAAAGAACAUUGUACCAUUGCAUAUAUGCAAUAGAUGGUCCCAAAGGCUCCACCGUGUCGUGGAAGGACCUUUGUCCUUCCUACUUCAAAAAUUUUGGGGAUUUGACAUGUCGUGAGAGGGAAGUUGCGUUGCUCCUGCUCAUGAAGGGGAAGGUGGUCGCAACGAACGUCAAGGUCUUGCCUCCAAGAGUGAACACAGAGUGCCUCCUCGACAUCAUGCGAAAGGAGCGGUACAUGGUGCGUAUGUUCAAUUAUGUUAUGUUCCGCGCCGAGGGAAGGGCGGACGACGAAUGGAACGACGCGUUCUUCAUGUCGUACAAGCACCUUGAAGACAGGUAUGGGCCAAACGGUCUGUGCGCUGCUGAAUGGGAGAAGGAAUGGGACAAGUUACAUGUCAAUAAGGUGAAGAUGGUCCCUCGACGACUUGGAGGAGUGGAGGAGGCAAGGCAAGGCGCGGGCUUGGGGCCUACGGCGGCAAUGUAUAAGGAGGCUCCGUUUCACCUUAAGGUCUUCAUAUACACUGCAAUCGAUAAGCUCGAUUUGCUUCGCGCCGAUGUGAAACGGAUCGCCUCCAGCGCGCGUCAUAUUGUGUGGGACAAGAUUGGCAAACAAACGACGUUGCUACCUGUGUGCAUGCCAUCGAAGGAAGUGUUGGCAGCGCCAGACGACAUCGUCGCUGCAGCGCAAAAAAUGACAUGCACGGCCGCCAUCGUGGACAUCCCAUCCUCGAACUUCAGCACGGCGUGGACCUCUCACGAAUUUGAUGCCUUGCACACAUUGAUGACCAAGUGUUGUGGCCAGAAUUGGGUUCUUUUCUUCUUUGCGCCGCAGAAGGUGCAAAGCGAUGUUCUGCGUCACUUGUUCCGCUGGAAGGACGUCGAAGUCAUCCCCGGGACCUGGAAACGGGUGGACAGGCCACCGAACGACAUCACUCGAUACGGCAAUAUGGAUACGACGAGUCGAGAUAUGAUGGUCAUUGUCCUGCACGCCGACGGAGGGGAUCUGAAAAAAGUAACUAUCAAACCCCGACUCCACAAUGACCUCACAACCGUGCACGUUGUGGAGGAGAAGUUCGAGAAGUGUCAAACACGGUGGGAUAGAGGGCGAUGAUAGUGCGGUGUAUUCCAUCUGGGAGCGAGAGCCUGGAAAGUUACGUUCAUUGUGCGGGUCAUUUGUCGGAGAGGC